UACGUACUUAUUCCUCGCUGGCUGUAGUCAAAAUAAAUUGCCCUGAUGGGAAAUCUUGCUUGCUCAUUUUCAGACUUGUUGAGCGGGAAAUUUUGAGGAUUCUGAUAAUUUAACCUCCAAGUAGAUCUGUGCUCGGUGACCUUGUCCUCCCAUAUGUUUUGAUUUUUAAUUUUUCUUCCCUGAACGAUCCACUAUGGCAUACCAGUUGUCAGUCAUUGCCAUCGGCUUGAUUUUGUUCGCCAUCCUGCAUAACCAUCGAUGCUCAGGAAAUCCAGUUCCGGAUCCGGAGGCAGAUCGUCCACUGCAGUCUGCGGACGAUGACUUUGAUCCUGCUCUGGACGACGCGGAGUUUGUUCCCGUUGCCAGUGACCGCCGAAAACGCUUCGCGAUGGCUUCCCCAUAUAGUAUGAUGUAUCGACCCGCCUCGGGCACGGCCACAGCACUGUCGGCUGGAAACGCGCUCAGCGGAAUAACCCAGACAAACGGCCAGACAUUUACCAAUCCCUUCGGUAUGGCAAUGGGUGUCGCCAGUGGCAUGUCUCAAGGAUACAUGCCCAGCUCCCAGUCGGUGUCCAAUUCCGCAUCUCAGGGAGCGUUCCGUCGCAAGCGGGAAGUUUUAGCGUCGCCCUACCUGCCUUCCAACGUGGCAGCCGGAAUCUCCACUAGCAACGCUAUGGACGGCGAUGUCGGUAAUCAGGCGGCCAGCUUCGCAGAUCCAUUCGAAGCCCGCAGCAUGGGCAUGGGUAUGGCCUCUGGUUAUGGUCCGGUCAGCUACGCCGGGGUAAAUUCCGCUGAUUCUCAGUUUCCCCUUAUGGAUCCCAGUUACCCCUUUGGAUAUAAUUUGUAAAUUUUUAGUUUUAAUUCUGCUAUACUUUUACCUUGUACCUUGCAUGUGGUAGAAAAUCUGAAUGCGAAUCUGUAUUGUAUCGUUUAAAAAGUAGUUUUUGCACAUAUCGGCAUUUGUUUGCAGAAUGCUCUAAAUCGUAUAAAGGCAGCCGUUUAGUAAUUUUUUAAAGGCGGUGCCAAAAUAUGUGUGCUUAAAAUUUAAUAAAAGUGAUUGCGCAGCAGUAUUGAACGAUUUAUC